UUCCAUGAAGCUCCCAGUCCCUUUCUGCAGAGUGCAAGAUGUUACGCCAGACCUGUAAGAAAGAGAAGGAAAGACUUCCCUAGUCAUUUAGAUGAUCUCCCUCCAACAAUGCUGAAGAAAGAUUACGCCAAUGUACCGAUAAUAAACAGUGUUGAUGAUGUAGUGAAAAGACUGCUGUCACUGGAAAUGGCUAGCCAGAAGGAGAAGGUGAAGAUAAAGACUCAGCAGCUAGUGGAGAAGGUCAGGAGGUCUCCCAACGACAAUGGCUCCUUUGAGGUGCAAGUUGCUAUGUUGACUGCCAAGAUUCGCACUUACGAGGAACAUCUUCAGAAGCAUCCCAAGGAUAAAAACAACCGCCGCCGCAUGCUGAUGGAUGUGGAUCGGCGGAGGAAACUCCUCGCGUAUCUUCGGCGCGUCCGCUACGAUGUUUUUGAGAACACCUGCAAACAGCUGAACAUCCAGUACACUUCGCCCCCUGCCUACUCCAGACGGAUCACCAAGCGCUGGCUCGUCAAGAAGGCCUUGUGCCUCAAGGUGUUCCAGGAGGUGCGGAAGCUGAAGGCGCCAGAGAGGCUAAAGCAGAGGCAGGAGUGGCGGGCCAGGGCCAGGGCCCGGGCCGAGAAGGAGCAGCAGGCGCCGCAGAGCGAGGGCACCGCGGUGUAGCGGCGCCCUGCCCCUGGGUGCGGGUGAUGGAGAUGGUGCUUUAAUGAAUAAA